CAAUCAGCCAUGGUCAUGGACACCACUGACCCGGGCUACUGGCUCAACUGGAGGUUCGUGCUCUGCGCCACCUGGGUCUACUCCUGCAUGGCCCUGGCGUGCUACUUGAUUUGGAAGUACGAGGGGCCCAGUUCGCCGGCCGGCAAUGACGAGGGGGUCGACAGAGAGGAGGCAUGGCCCAGGAUCGGACUCGGAGUUGUGUAUCUUGAUGACUGCUGGAAGCUGUGCCUUGAUGAGAUCCAUCCUGCUUGGUUGUUGGCUUUUCGCCUUGUGUCGUUCUUGUUUAUGGCUUCGGUGAUUAUCUAUGAUGUUAUUGUCGAUGGGUGGACCGUCUUCCUUUACUACACCCAGUGGACCUUCUUGCUUGUCACCUUGUACUUUGGGCUUGGUUCGGUGCUUUCGGUUUAUGGAUGUUAUCAGUACGCUUGCAAGAUGGAUAAAUCUGAUGCAGACCGUGGUUCUUAUAUCAUUGCUCCCAUGGAGGAAAGUACAUACGACAAUUCCAUCAAAAGUUCUUGUUUGAAUAAAACACAUGAUGGUCGGGAAAUUGCAGGAUUUUGGGGCUACCUGUUUCAGAUCAUGUUUCAGACAAAUGCAGGUGCUGUGAUGCUUACGGAUAUGGUGUUUUGGUUCAUUCUGUACGCUUUCCUUGCGUGGAAUCAAUACCAAAUGAGUUUUGUGAGUUUUCAAUCAGAGAUUUUACAAACUGUAUUCUCUUGGACCUUAUAUCAUACUAAGGUUAUUAUGUCAUGAGAUACUGUAAAAGAAGAGGUUAUUCCGUGAGGCAUGCAAAAGAAGGGUCACGGAAUAAGAUUAGGCCAUUAGGAUCCUCGGAUCAGAUCGAAACCAGGAAAA